AUGCACAGAGCAUUUACAGCAUCAGUGUUCACAAAAACAUCCAGGAGUGCAACUCUCCGAUGGAACAGGUAUGCUGGAGCCAGCUCAUACCUGAUCACCGUGUCCCGAGAAGGCACGCAAGACAUCAUUGCUUUCACCCAAUUUGGUGAAAAUACAGUCAUGGGCACUGUCAACUCUCUCUCCCCGAACACCUUAUAUGUCUUCACGGUUCAACCUCUGGAUAUUAACCAAAUCCCACAGGACAUGACAACUGUUCAGUUAUUAACAGCACCUGAGUUGAUGGCUCCCAUCCAGAAAGUCAAGCCAAAGGACAGCCAAACCUUAAUAGUUGAAUUUAACUUGGUCACUGGAGCAACUCAUUACAUUGUACGGGUCCAAAGUUCUGAUAGGUCUUAUAGAGAGGAAAGAGUUUAUUCAUCCCCAGCCGAGAUCAAAUCCCUCAUGCCGUACACUGAGUAUACAUUGAGCAUCAUGGCAGGGAAUAGCGGAGGCCGCAAUCAGCCGUCUCCCUCUGUGACGGGAAAAACAGUUUUACCUCCUCUUCAGCUCUCCGCUUCUUCUCCCAGUAAUGACAGCAUUGUUAUAUCCUGGGACCCCAUUGACAGUGCUGUCCAGUACACUGUGGUCAUGUACGAGGUUUUCUCCAACACAACCAUUAAACAGAACACAUCCAGCACCAGUUUGACAUUCUCUGGACUGGAUGCUGGCUCACUCUUCAUGAUAAUGGGAUAUGGCUGGGAUGCUGAAGAGAGAAAGGGAGAGGGAAGUUUGUACAUCAACCAGACAACACGACCUCCAAUGCCGGCUUCCGUUGAUGUCUCAGUGGUGAUGAGUGCUGAUCAAGCUGUACUGUCUGUGUCCUGCGAAUCAAAUCAGGAGGUUUAUGGCAACAUAGAGUACUAUGUGAUGAGUGAUCAGAACCUCACUUGUAACACCACAUCCAGCCCCUGCCGCCUCUCACCAGUUGGCUGUGGUGAGGUGCAUACUAUCCAGGUUAUCGCCUCCAAUGACGCAGGGCCCAGCUACCCAUCAAGCCCUGUUGAGUUCAUCACCUUCCCCUGCACACCUGAAUCUUUAGCUUUGGUGGAGUCAAUGGAAGGAAACUGCACUCUGUCCUGGGAUACAGAGCCCUAUGCGGAUAGCUACAUGGCCUACAUCAAGAAAGGGGAUGGAAGUGAGGAGACAUGCAACACUACUAACAACAACUGCACCUACCACUGCCAAUGUGGCUAUAUGUUCCAUAUGUAUGUGUUCGCCUACAACCAUGCCGGCUCCAGUCCUCAAGGACCUGUUGUCAACUAUACCUCAUUGCCCUGUUGUCCAGAGGAUGUGUCCGUCUCCCUGGUGAGCACGGAAACUCUUGAGAUCACAUGGGCAGCAUCUCGGGGGGCAGAUCUGUAUGAGACUCGAGUAGCGGAUAUUUCAGAAGUCAUCCUGUGCAAUGACACUGCACCGGUGUGCGCCCUCUCCGACCUCAGCUGUGAUAGCGCCUACAGUGUGGUUGUGACACCCUGCAAUGACAUGAGCGGCUGUAAUUUUGCAUGCAAUGCUCACACAAAAGACACAGCUCCAUGCAUGCCCAUGUAUAUCCAGCUUGAUCCCAAAAACUCAUCCUGUGUCAGCGUGAGCUGGAGAGCAAGCAACCGUGCUGCCAAUUACAGUGUGAGUGCAAUGGGAGAAGAUGGCACACACACCUGCAUCUCUAGUGGAAGUAGCUGUGAGCUCACAGAUCUGCCGUGUGGAUCCAUCUAUGAGGUCACCAUCAUAGCAACAAGCGUUGCUGGACAGAGUUUACCCAGCUACUCUGAAACACUAGAAACAGAGCCCUGUUGUCCAGCCAGUCCCACCGUGCACCAGGUCACUCAGGCGAUGACCAAUGUCUCCUGGUCUCACGCUAAAGGUGCUUAUUCAUUUAUCAGCUCCUUGACAUCCCCGCAUGGUCACGCAAGCUGCCACACCCAGGACUUACACUGCCUUAUGGGAUGCAUCACUUGUGGCACAAACUACACAGUCACCAUGGAGGCUUUCAGCCACAGCGGACGCAGUGCCAACUGCACCUAUCAGGGCUUCUCAUCCAGUGCAUGUUGUCCAUCAGGUGUCAGGGUGUACAAGAUGGCUGGAAACUCUUUGCGGCUACUCUGGCGCACCGCUAGCAGCAACCACCGUUACGUAGCUGAAAUGAUGGGCAGCAGCAACUACUACAACUGUACUACAUCUGCAGGAGAGAGCAGCUGCAAUAUUGAAAACGUCCAAUGUGGGGACAUUUAUCUUGUAGUGGUGGCUCCAUUGACACCAGAGAACAGCAAAGUCUCAUUUUGUGCUCAGAGAGUUUACUCAGUCACUUGCUCAGGAAGUGAUGUUGGUACAGUGAAUUACAGAGGCAAGAGAAGUGUAGAUGACUCGAUGAAACAAACUUUCUGA